AUGCAUAUAGUAGGCCUCUUCCCACGGAGCACGCGUGCUUUCACUACCCUGACGCCUAUCUCAUCAGCUCAAGCCGGUACAUUUACAGCAAAAGUAAACUAUAGCUCUAGAUACUUAUCCAGGUACACAUGCGACUGUUUUGACAGGCCUCUCCGGAGACCGUACUGUAGCACCUCACGUGAGAGUUCUAAAACUAAGGCUGGGGAUAGACUCACCGUUGUCCACAAGGAAUCACAUACCAGUAAAGCAAACUCGCGGAACCCAACAAAAAACAGGUUGUUGCAGCGUACACUACCUCCCAUAGAUGCGAGAGAUAGUAGGGUACACAGAGAAGAUGCAAAGGACGGGACAAGUAUACAGAACGCAGGUGAUAAGACGCGGCUGAAACUCAGUGGCAAUGCGCAUGACAAGAGAACACAUCUGAACGGAGAAGACAGCCAACCACCGCAUGCGCUAGAUGUACAGCCCUCAGUAAGAGGCGGUGGUACAGCAGAUAUGGGAGAGCGGUCUAAGCAGCUAGAUAGUAAGGUGUUCCUUGCUGAGGACAGGCAAUCGGGCUGUACGAUGAACGGUACGCAGGAGACGAACCCCCAACAAACAGGCGCAAAGAAGAAGAAAAGGAAGUCCCCCUCUGCACUACAACUAAUCGCCAGUGUCGUAGAAAGUACCGGCGACUACCACGACGCCGUUAGGUUAGUCGACGACUUAGUGCAUAAAGGUCUACUUGAGGUUACAGACGGGUUGUCUGCGAUCAAUAUAUACAAGCGCGCACAGAUGCCUGGCAAGUGUGUGGGUGUGUUGGAAUACCUUGUAAAGCAAUCAGAGACACGGCCACCCACUCACACUCUAUCUGCGACUCACUAUAACCGCGUGAUAAUGAGCUUAGUACACGCUCGCGACACGAAAGGGGCCCGAGCUGUGUUCGAUACUAUGCUCACACACAAGAUUGCGAGGACACUGGUUACAUACACUACUAUGAUCGACGCCUAUGCGGCCGGUGGACAGUACAAGUUUGGCUUAGAGUUGUUAGCCGAGAUGCGCACUGUAGGGCUGGUACCCAAUACGACCACGUACAAUAGUGUGAUAGCCACGUGUGUGCCAGACAGGCAAUGGAAGACCGUACAAGGACUUCUGCGUGAAAUGCACGACGCUAAAGUGCCUGCCGAUCUCAAUAUAUACAAUUCGGUACUGUCUGUGUACGGGGCGGUGGGCAAGUGGAAACUGGCGGUAGACACGUUGAAGGAUAUGCAAAAGCCGGAAGUAGGUAUAAGGCCGAAUGUGAUUACCUACAGUACCGUAAUUGCGGCGUGUGGCAAAGCGGGACAGUGGGAACCGGCCAUGGCACUCCUUAAAGAGAUGGAUAUAAAUAGUAUAACGCCUAACAACUAUACCUACAACGCGGCAGUGAUUGCUUGUAGGAAUGCAGGACGUUGGGAGGAGACGGUCAGAUUGCUGCGCGAAAUGCGUAAGAAGGGGUUGCGCCCCAAUAAAUACACAUACACAAGCGUUAUUUCCGCAUGUGAGAAAACAAGCCGCUGGGAGGCCGCCCUGGAGGUGCUGGCAGAUAUGGGACAGGCCAAGCUCAAGCCGGAUGCGUUCGCGUACAGUGCAGUUAUCUCAGCGUGUGUAACGGGUGGGCAGUGGGAAAAGGGCCUUCAAGUGAUGCAGGAGAUGCAAAGCGCCGGUGCGUCGCCCAACACGACCACGUACAACUCAUGCCUGUCUGCGUGCGAGAGAGCGGAGCAGUGGGGUGAAGCGAUGAGUCUCCUCAAUACCAUGAGAGCUGCCGGUGUGCCGUUCAAUGACAGUACAUACACACUGGCCUCGGUGGUGUGUGCCAAAGCUGGCUUGUGGGGGGAGGGUAUGGGUCUGUUGAGAGAGAUGGCCGCCGCCAAAGGGGCCAAAUGUGACCGGAAGGUGUACACCAAUGUCAUACAAGCAUGCGCUGCACAGGGCAGGUGGGAGGAGGCGCAGGGGUUAUUGGCGGAUAUGCGCGAGAGGGGUGUACCCCCGACUGUGUUGACCUACAACGCACUACUCGCGGCGUACAAGACAGCGGGUAAGUGGAAGGACACGGUACAAACACUGCACACCAUGCGCCAGGAGAACGUGGCAGUGGAUAGGGUUAGCUACAACACAGUGCUGGCAGCCUGUGCACAGAACGCACAGCACGAGAAGGCGGCUGAGUUGCUGAAGGAUAUGGGUCGGGCAGGGAUCCUCCCGGAUACGUUUGCGUACAGCAAUGUCCUGUUGGCCUACGAGAAAGCCGGCCAGUGGAAGGGUGCGGCGAGGGUUUUCCGACACAUGGGUGAGAGGGGCGUUGUACGCACCACAACGACGUACACCACGAUGAUUAGCGCGUGUGCCAAGGCUAAGAAGUGGGAGGAUGCGAUACGUGUGCUCGAUAGCAUGCCACGCGCAGGCGUGACACCAGACACCAGCACAUACAACGCAGCGAUCGCCGCGUGUGACCAAGCAGCUCGGCCUAAUCAUGCAGUUAAGCUGCUCGGAGACAUGGUGCGGGCGUGCGUUUCUCCCGAUACCAUCACAUACAACACAGUGCUGUCGGCGUUGACUAAGGGAUCCGGUACGAAUCAUUGGCAGGUGAGUUUGAGUCUGUUGCGGAAAAUGGCUCAGAAAGGUGUCCAGCCAGAUACAAUCACGUACAGCUGUGUUGUCGCUGCGUGCAGUCGCGGCGGGCAGUGGCAGACCAUACUAGACAUACUGCGGCAGAUGCGUGCACAGGGUAUCCGUGGUAACACGGUUAUUUACAACACCAGUAUAGCCGCAUGUGUCAAGGCUCAGCAAUGGCUAGCGACAUUUAACAUACUACAGGACAUGCGGGCCGAAGGCAUACCAACCAACACGGUCACGUACAGCAACGUGCUUUCGUUGUGUGAGACGCUGGGCAAAGGCGAGCACGCUUUAGAAUUGUACAAAGAAAUGCGAGGUGAGGAGGUCAAACCCGAUCAACGUACGUACAGCAUACUAGUGCAGGCGUGCGCGAAGGGGAACAGGUGGCAUGAAGCUCUGGACUUUGUCAGCUCGAUGAGGCAUGAGGGCUACCCACCCGGUAUAGGUGUGUAUCGGUGGUUGUUCCAAGGUUGUGUAGGUGCACACCAAUACGACAAUGCUCUACACUUACUGGGAGAAGUCCGAGAGGAUGGUCUGGAGAUAGACGGUGGUAUGUAUAACAAAGGUCUGUAUGCCUGUGCCAAGAAAGGGGCUAGCCACACUGCCCAGGAGUUGUUAGCUGAGAUGAAGGUUAAAGGUGUGGAUCCGACGGUGCAGGGAUAUACGAGUGCUGUGCUGGCUUGCGAACGGGCGGGCGAGUGGCAGGCGGCGGUGCGUAUAGUGAAGGAGAUGGGGUCGACACUCGCCUCUAGUGACCAGCUUAGGGCGGCUGUUCAUACUGAGGUAGAUACGAAGAUGGAUACGGUGGGAAGCCAGGCAGAUGCUGUAGUGAGGGAGGAUAUACUAGGGAGUGAUUUAGAUACCAAGGAGAGGCACACGGAUGACCUGAGUGCACACAUAGACAUGAUGCUAGAUCACACCAACAACCAGGCAGGCGUCACACACAGUCAAGCCAAUCCUGCACACGGUGGGCCUGUGCCUAAGGGAGCCAUACCACAACAAACACAGUCACAAGUACGAGAACACGCACCCGCAUCAGCGGCACAGGAGCGAGCCUCCGAUUCGCACAGGCAGGGUGUGAUUGCGUACAACGUUGCCAUCAGUGCGUGUGCCAAGCACCGACAGGGGCAGUGGGCUAUAGAACUAUUGCGAGAUAUGACACGUGUAUGUCUGCAGGCAGACACGGUCACGUACAGCACAGCCAUCCAUGCGUGCAGGAAGACCGGGAUGCACACACAGGCGCAGAGCCUUAUGCGUGAGAUGCAAGCCAAGGGCGUAGCCGUUAAUGCACACACAUACACCAGUAACACAGUGUCCAAGGGUGAGGCUGGGGAGUGGCACAGCGCCGUGCGUGUGCUGGAUACUAUGGAGAAGAGGGGUGUGGCACCCGACACACAGGCGUACACGAGUGCUAUAGCUGCGUGCGCCAGGGCGGGUAGGUGGCAGACCGCUCUCACUGUACUGCAACGGAUGCGGGCCAAGAAUGUGACCCCGAACGUGUACACAUACAGUAGCGUCAUAUCAGCGUGUGCCACGGCCAGUAAGUGGGAGGAAGCGCUUGCGCUCUUGCGUGGUAUGCCAAACGCAGGGGUGGAGCCCAAUACGUUCGUGUACAAUGCGGCUAUCUCGGCAUGUGGGAGGGCUGGCCAGUGGGAUCAAGCGGUGGGGCUGGUGCGGGAGAUGGAGAGCAAGGGUGUUGCACGCGAUACCAUUACGUACAAUAACGCUAUCCUCGGAGCGGCCAUAGGGGGGCAGUGUGCGGUGGCCCUACAACUACUCGAGGAGAUGUCUGAUAAGAGUAAGGGCAAGGUACAGACACAGCCGGAUACGAUCACGUACACGUGCGUGUUUAAAGCGUGUGAGAGCGGACUGGAAUGGGAGAACAUCCCCAGGAUAUGGAAGCGGAUGUUAGGCGACAACGUAACACCGAGUCGCAGGACAUACGAUGCAGCGGUAUCGGCGAGUGUGAAGUUUGAGCAAUGGGAGUUUUCCAAGUUCUUACUGAGCGAACUGACUGCCAAUGACCCCAAGUAGGGGCGGUGGGGGAUAGACUUUAUAAGUUAGGGCCUUUUGUCAAGCAAGCGGUGCAUUCUAGAGGUCAACACUAGAGGGAAGUAUUUAAAGCAGCGGAAAGUGUGAGCAGAGUCCGUUCAAAUUGUACCGAGACAUGACCAAUUCUAGAUCUGGUGUCGCAUGGCCGUAUGUGUAGUCAGGAGU